UCAGAGGGAGGGAGCACUCAUCCAGGGAACACUGGGAAUCCUGUCACCAUGACAACCGGUCAUCAGCCUCAGGACAGGUACAAAGCUGUCUGGCUUAUCUUCUUCAUGCUGGGUCUGGGGACGCUGCUUCCCUGGAACUUUUUCAUGACAGCCACUCUGUAUUUCACCGACCGCCUGGACAAGCUGCAGAAUGCAUCCUCGGUCACUGAGAAAGUGGAUAGGAGCAUCCUUGCCUCAGCUGCUCCCACCACCACCUCCUCUCCUGAGCGCAGCUCACUCAGCUCCAUCUUCAACAAUGUCAUGACGCUGUGUGCCAUGUUGCCCCUGCUGGUCUUUACCUGCCUCAACUCUUUCCUGCAUCAGAGGAUUCCCCAGUCCAUACGGAUCCUGGGCAGCCUGGUGGCCAUCCUGCUGGUGUUCAUGAUCACUGCCAUCCUGGUGAAGGUUCAGAUGGACGCCCUGCCCUUCUUUGUCAUCACCAUGAUCAAGAUUAUGCUCAUUAAUUCGUUUGGUGCCAUCCUGCAGGGCAGCCUGUUCGGUCUGGCUGGCCUCUUGCCCGCCAGCUACACAACACCCAUCAUGAGUGGCCAGGGCCUAGCAGGUUUCUUCACUUCAGUAGCCAUGAUCUGCGCCAUUGCCAGUGGCUCAGAGUUGUCGGAAAGUGCCUUCGGCUACUUUAUCACGGCCUGCGUAGUCAUCGUUCUGACCAUCAUCUGUUACCUGUCCUUGCCCCGGCUGGCAUUCUACCGCUACUACCAGCAGCUCAAGCUCGAAGCACCUGGCGAGCAGGAGACCAAGUUGGACCUCAUUAGCAAAGGGGAAGAGCCAGGAGCAGGCAAAGAGGAGCAUGGGGGCUCGGCUCCCAACGCCCAGCCCAGCGCUAGGCCCUCUAUCAUAGCCAUCCUCAAAAAUAUCUCGGUCCUGGCUUUCUCCGUCUGCUUUGUCUUCACUGUCACCAUCGGAGUGUUUCCUGCUGUGACGGUUGAGGUUGAAUCCAGCAUCGCGGGCACCAGUGCCUGGAAAAAGUACUUCAUUCCUGUGUCCUGUUUCUUGGUUUUUAACAUCUUUGACUGGCUGGGCAGGAGCCUCACAGCUGUAUGCAUGUGGCCUGGGAAGGACAGUUGCUGGCUGCCAGGCCUGGUGGUGGCCCGGGUGGUGUUCGUGCCUCUGCUGAUUCUGUGCAAUGUGAAGUCUCACUACUACCUACCGGUGAUCUUCGCGCAUGAUGCCUGGUUCAUCAUCUUCAUUGCUGCCUUCGCCUUCUCCAAUGGCUACCUCGCCAGCCUCUGCAUGUGCUUCGGGCCCAGGAAAGUGAAGCCAGCUGAGGCGGAGACCGCAGGAGCCAUCAUGGCCUUCUUUCUGUGUCUCGGCCUGGCACUGGGAGCUGUCUUCUCCUUCCUCUUCCGGGCGAUCGUGUGA